AUGUCGUUCGGAUUCAGUGUCAGCGAUUUUUUACUCCUGCUGAAGAUGACCAAAGGAGUCUACAAUGCCUGCAAGGAUGGGCCAAAAGAAUAUCAAGAGAUCAGUCGAGAGGCCAUGUCCUUUUACACCGUUUUGGAAUCCCUCAAGAACGACGUGAAUGAGGCAGACUCGUUGCUAAAUAGGAGGGGAUCAGGCCGAUGUCAUGAGCUCCGGCAGGUUAUAUCACAUUGUGAAGAAGCUUUCCGAGAGCUCCAAGCCCUGGUCGACAAGCACAGCCGCUUAGACGCGGAGGGUCAUCGCAGGAUAUGGGAAAGCUACCAAGUCGGAUCUGCAGACCUCGGCAAUGUUCGAGGGAAGCUCACCUUUUAUGUGUCAGUAAUUGGCAUAUUCAUGGACAGUCUUGGGGCCUCCGCCAUGGAAAGAAUCGAAAGGAAACUCGACAAGCUAUUUGCAAAGGUCAUGGAAGCAGACACAUACGACGAUCCCGCGAAAAGCACCACCUCCUUAAGUUCAACCAUCUCACUUCUUUCCAUUCGCCACUCAGAAAAGGAAGACGACGUCUGGGACCUUAUACGGCAUGAACUCCAGGCUGAAGGCAUAGAUCUAAGCACAUUGGAAGCGUACAAACCCGAUAUCGUCAACUACCUCAAAAGUCUUGUAGAAAAGACUGAUAUUGAGAGGCUACAGUCUGCUCGGCCCGGUAAUGACCACAAUGUUCUUUCUAUACAGCCUGACCAAGCCCUUCUACAGAAAACAACAGCUCAGACUGCCGUUGACGAGCCCCAGCUCAGACAUAAUGAGCGACCCACAAUAUUAAUGCCGUCCAGACGAGAUACUCAAACGUUCGAGUUCUUUGGGGAACAGAAGAAAGCGAGUAUUCAGAUUUGGUACACUUAUCGUGCCCAACUCGGAUUGUAUCGGAACAAGCCAGUCUGUUUUAUUGGUAUCGAAGCCAACGUGGAGGAAAAGGUCAAUGGCCCUAGAAUCAACAUGUAUCGAUCACAAUUUUCGUUUUCCCUUAAAAAUAGGGACCCCACUCAAACUGGUUCAAUCUGGCAGCAUUCUACGCCUUUGAGUCAGGAGAACCGGACCGAUGGCUCCAACGAGUAUGUGCUAUGGCGUGAAGGAAUACCAUUUGACGACAGAGAUACCUAUUAUUUCAAGACCUAUCGUGACGUGGAAUCGCGGCUUCCACCUCUUCACGUGGGAUUUAUGCUAGCAGGGAUUCCCGAAUUCCCUUUAAGAAUACGCUUCGCGACUGCGUUGUACUUUGAGCGAUUGACAUCAUCGUUUGGUAAACUGAUCUCGUGGCUGAACUCUCAGCAGCUACUCGUGGGCAGUGCGUGGAUAGAUCCUCCCCAAUCAGACCUCGUCAUUACAGAGGGUCAAUCUGAUCUUCCUAUUCCACGAGCCUUAGGCCCGUUUAAGCCAGACCCCCUACGAUCGUUUAUGAUCCUACUUCCUUCAGUAAAUGAGAACGGCUGA